GUGUGGGCGGGGCCACGGCGCGAGCGGCGCUUCCGGGAACGGCAGCCCAUCCCAUGGAUUUGGUGGCCGUGCUGGGCUGUGCCUGUGCCGCGCUGGUGGCCCUGGCCCUGCUGACGGUGGCCCAGCGCCUCGGGCUCCUCUACCGCCUGUGCCACAAGGUGGACGCGGCGAGUCCCCGUCACGGCGGGGAGCUGGUGGCCGAGGUGCUGCGCGCGCACGGCGUGCGGUUCCUGUUCACGCUGCCCGGCGGCCACAUCUCGCCCGUGCUGGUGGCCUGCGAGAAGAUCGGUGUCCGCGUGGUGGACACGCGCCACGAGGCCACCGCCGUCUUCGCCGCCGACGCCGUGUCGCGGCUCUCGGGUCGCAUCGGCGUCGCCGCCGUCACGGCGGGUCCCGGUGUCACCAACGCGGUGACAGCCGUCAAGAACGCGCAGAUGGCCGAGUCCCCCCUGCUGCUCCUGGGCGGCGCCGCCGCCUCCCUGCAGAAGGGCCGGGGCGCGCUCCAGGACAUCCCGCAGGUUCCGCUGUUCCGAACUCUCUGUAAAUCCGCGCUCUCCGUCCGGGCCGUGCGCGACAUCGUCCCCACCCUGCGCCGGGCCAUCGCCACCGCCAUGGAGGGGACACCCGGCCCCGUGUUCGUGGAGCUGCCCAUCGAUGUCCUCUACCCCUUCCACGUGGUCCAGAAGGAGCUCGGGGGCUCCAAAACCCCGCGGGGGCUGCGGGGGAAACUCAUCCGGUGGUACCUGGGGAAUUACCUGCAGAAUCUCUUCGCCGGGGCCUGGGAGCCGCGGGACCUGACCCCGCUGCCCCUGCGCGUCCCCAAAGCCACCCCAGAGCAGGUGCAGCGCUGCUCCGAGCUGCUCAGCCGGGCUGUCCGGCCCCUGGUGCUCGUGGGCAGCCAGGCCCUGCUGCCCCCGACUCCGGCCGAGGAGCUGCGCUCGGCGCUGCUGUCCCUCGGUGUCCCCUGCUACCUGGGGGGGGCGGCGCGGGGGCUGCUGCCCCCCGAGUGUCCCCUGCUCCUGCGGCAGAACCGCCGCGACGCGCUGCGCGACGCCGACCUGGUGCUGCUGGCAGGCACCGUCUGCGAUUUCCGCCUGUCCUACGGGCGCCUCUUCGGCCGCGGCACCGCCGUGGUGGCCGCGAACCGGGACCGGGCGCAGCUGCUGCGGAACGCGGAUGUGUUCUGGAAACCGCGGCUGGCGGUGCACGGUGACCCCGCGUCCUUCGUGGUGGCGCUGGCCCAGAGCCUCCAGGGCUUCUCGUGCCCCCGGGAAUGGCUGGAGCGGCUCCGGGAGGCCGAGAGGGAGAAGGAGCAGCGGAACCGGGACAAGGCCGCGGUGCCCCCCCCGUGUCACCUGAACCCGCUGGCGCUGCUGCAGGCCCUGGACCAGGUGUUGCCCCCCCAGAGCCUCUUGGUGGCCGACGGAGGCGACUUCGUGGCCACCGCCGCCUACAUCGUCCGGCCCCGCCGGCCACUGGCCUGGCUGGACCCCGGUCCCUUCGGCACCCUGGGCGUGGGCGGAGGAUUCGCGCUCGGGGCCAAACUCUGCCGGCCCGAGGCUGAGGUGUGGGUCCUGUACGGGGACGGCUCGCUGGGCUUCAGCCUGAUGGAGUUCGACACCUUCGUGCGCCACAAGGUCCCGGUCAUCGCCCUGGUUGGGAACGACGCCGGCUGGACCCAGAUCAGCCGCGAGCAGCUCCCCCUGCUGGGCAGCGCCGUGGGCUGCGGCCUGAGCUACAGCGAUUACCACGCGGUGGCGGCGGCGCUGGGGGGCCGAGGCUUCGUCCUGGACAGCGCUGGGGACACCGGAGGGGACCCUGGGGACGUUGGGGACAGGCUGGUGGCCGUGCUGAAGGCAGCACAGGCCGAGUGUCACCGAGGCCACCCCGUCCUCGUCAACGCCCUCCUGGGCCGGAGCGACUUCCGCGAGGGCUCCAUCUCGGUCUGAGUGUCCCCAAGUGUCCCCAAGUGUCCCCGAGUGGCCCCAGACUGGCCCCAAAGGGUGGCAGGGGCCAUUUUGGGGAUUGUCACCUUCUCAGGUGACAUUCUGGCCACUGUCACCUCCCCUCGGGUGACACUUCAGGGUCUGUCACCCCCUCCUUGGGGACACUUCGGGCAUUGUCCCCAACCCCAGGUGACACUUUGUUCCCCCCUUGGGGACACUGUGGGACUGUCACCCCCCUUGGGGACACUUUGGGCACCGUGGGAAUAAAGAGCCGUGU